AUGCUCCAAGUCACAGCUUCUGGUUCUCUUCAACCAUCAUCAAACCCGUAUCCUUUCCAAAUCUGUAGAACCCCAAUUGAACCUGCUCAAUUACACGCUGUAUCACUCAAAACAGCAACUUUUCAUGAUCCUUUGAUAUCUUCUCGCCUUAUAUCUCUCUAUGCCCACUCUAAAUGCAACAGUCUUGAUCAUGUUCGAUCUGUGUUCGACCAAAUUCAAGAACCAACAUUGCAUUCUUGGAACACCCUCAUCAAAUCCUACGUCGAAAAUCAGCGGUCACAGGAAUCCCUCUUAAUGUUUCUUGAAUUUAUGUCACGGUCAGGUUUAAUGCCUGAUGUGUUUACUCUGCCUUGUGUGAUCAAAGCGUGUGGAAGAUUAAUUGCAACAAAAGAAGGGGAGCAGAUUCAUGGGUUGAUUUUGAAAAUCGGGUUUAGGGAUGAUGUAUUCGUUCAGAGCAGUUUGGUCAGCAUGUAUUCCAAAUUCAAAGAUAUUAAUUCUGCACGGAAGGUGUUCGAUGGAAUGACUGAAAAAGAUUUGGUUUCAUGGAACUCCUUGAUGGAUGGGUAUGUAAAAUCUGGUAACAUUGAACUUGCAAAGGAGUUGUUCGAUGAGAUGACAGAAAAAGAUGUCGUCUCAUGGACUGUGAUGGUUGACGGACUCUCCAAACAUGGCAAAGUUGAUGAUGCCCGAAAGGUGUUCGAUGAAAUGCCAAACAGAAACCUACCAUCCUGGAACGCAAUGAUUAAUGGGUAUAUGAAAGCAGGUGACUUUCUUUCCGCCCGUAGGUUGUUUAAUCAAAUGGAAGACAUAGAUAUAAUCACAUGGAACUCAAUGAUAGCAGGGUAUGAAUGCAAUGGAAGAUUUUCAGAAGCUUUAAAGUUGUUCACCCAACUUCUAAAUUCAGGUUAUAUACCCACUCCUAGUACUUUAGUCAGCACUCUAUCUGCUAUCUCCUAUUUAGCUCUUCUCACAAAGGGAAGAUGGGUUCAUUCCUAUAUAGUAAAAAAUAAUCAUAAAUUAGAUGGUAUACUUGGUACUUCAUUAAUAGAAACAUAUUGCAAAUGUGGAAGCAUCGAGAGUGCUUUAAAGAUAUUCAAAUCUAUACACAACAAAAAGUUAGCUCAUUGGACUGCUAUAAUAGUAGGUCUAGGAACCCAUGGACAAGCUAACCAUGCUCUUGAACUAUUUCAAGAAAUGCUAAAAGUCAACAUCAUCCCUAAUGGUAUAACAUUCAUUGGUGUAUUGAAUGCGUGUAAUCAUGCGGGUUUGGUCAAAGAUGGUCAAAGAUUCUUUAAAAUGAUGGUAAAUGAUUACAAAAUAGAACCUACAAUCGAACACUACGGUUGUCUUGUGGACAUUUUUUGUCGUGCGGGUUGUCUUGAAGAAGCUAAAAAUGUGAUAGAAUCAAUGCCAAUGAAACCAAACAAGAUAGUUUGGAUGAGUUUGCUUAGUGCUUCAAGAAUCUAUAAAAAUGUUGAAAUUGGGGAAUAUGCGGGACACCAUGUGAAACAAAUUGAUCCAAAAUGUAUUGAAAGUUACCUUCUUUUGUCUAACAUGUAUGCCACAACUAAUAAUUGGGACAAAGUGUCACACGUUCGAGAAACAAUGAGGAAAAUGGGAUUGAAAAAAGAUCCGGGGUGUAGCUUUAUUGAGUUUGAAAAUGGUGUUCAUGAGUUUAUUGUGGGAGAUAGAUCACACCCUCAAAGUAAUGAAAUAUACCAUAAGUUGAGUGAGAUUAGGGAGAGAUUGAAAAGUGUGGGACAUGUACCCGAUAAAUCCCAAGUUUUGCUUCAUAUUGAAGGGGACAAUGAGAAGGAGAUUGAAUUGGAAAGCCAUAGUGAGAGAUUAGCAAUUGCUUUUGGAUUAAUUAAUUAUAAACCCGGGAUUCCAAUUCGGAUAGUGAAGAAUCUUCGUGUUUGUAAUGAUUGUCACUCGGUUACAAAGCUUUUAUCCAAGAUUUAUGAUCGUGAAAUUAUUGUUAGGGAUAAUAAUCGUUAUCAUCAUUUCAAAAAUGGUUCAUGUUCUUGUAUGGAUUAUUGGUGA